UUCCGCUACAAGCGCCGCGUGUAUUCCCAGCCGCUGCUGGACGACAAGCAGUUCGCCAAGCUGCACACCAAGGCGAACCUGAAGAAAUUCAUGGAAUACGUGCAGAUGCUGAACUCGGAGAAGGUUUGCCGGCUGCUGGAAAAGGGGCUGGAUCCCAACUUCCAUGAUCCCGACACCGGAGAGUGCCCGCUGACGGCGGCGGCGCAGCUGGAGCUCAGCGCCGAGAUGAUCAAAGCGCUCCGGAACGGCGGAGCCCACCUGGACUUCCGGACCCGCGAGGGAAUGACGGCGCUGCACAAAGCCGUGAGGUGUCGGAAUCACGCGGCCCUGCUGGAGAUCCACCAGGCCUGUCGCUACGGGCACGUGCAGCACCUGGAGCACCUCCUGUUCUACGGAGCGGACAUGACGGCGCAGAACGCCUCAGGAAACACCGCCCUGCACAUCUGCGCCCUCUACAACCAGGAAAGCUGUGCCAGGGUUCUCCUCUUCCGAGGCGCCAGCAAGGAAAUCCGGAAUUACAACAGCCAGACGGCGUUCCAGGUGGCCAUCAUUGCAGGGAAUUUCGAGCUGGCGGAAAUCAUCAAAACCCACAAAGAGUCCGAUGUUGUGCCUUUCCGAGAAACUCCCAGCUACACCAAGCGCCGCCGGCUCCUCGGUUCCGGCGGGUUGGCGUCGCCGCGCGUCCUGCAGCGCUCGGCCAGUGACAACAACCUGAAAGCUGAGAGCCGCGCCUCCUAUUCCCCGGUGCCGUCCCUCCGGAGCCUCCCGCCGCAGCUCCUGGUCCAGAUGCAGGAAGCGGCCGCAGGAAUUGCGGCCGGAGACGGGAGCUUGGCCAGCUCGAGCAGCGCUCGCAGCGCCCACAGCCGCUCGCCCUCGCUGCAGCGCGUGCAGGAGGAGAGGGAGGCCGAGGUGCCCUCGCUGCGCCGGAGCAGCCGCGGGAAACGGCCGCCAGGGGGCGGCUCCGGGCGGGCCCCGCCGGGACCGGGACCUGGGACCGAGCCCGCGCCCCACGCCGCGCCCGCCCCGCUGCGCGGGCCCAAGCGGAAGCUUUACAGCGCCGUGCCCGGCCGCAAGUUCAUCGUGGUGAAGAGCUACGCGCCGCAGGGCGAUGGCGAGAUCCAGCUCAACCGCGGCGAGGCCGUCAAGGUGCUGAGCAUCGGCGAGGGCGGAUUCUGGGAAGGCUCCGUGAAGGGCAGGAGCGGCUGGUUCCCGGCGGAAUGCGUGGAGGAGGUGCAGAUGCGUCAGUACGACUCCAGGCAAGAAACCAGGGAAGACCGGACCAAGCGGCUUUUCCGGCACUACACCGUCGGAUCCUACGACAACUUCACCUCCCACAGUGACUACAUCAUCGAGGAGAAGACGGCCGUGCUGCAGAAGCGGGAGCAUGAGGGCUUCGGCUUCGUCCUGCGCGGGGCCAAAGCCGAGACCCCGAUUGAGGAGUUCACGCCCACGCCGGCAUUCCCAGCGCUGCAGUACCUGGAAUCCGUGGAUGUGGAAGGAGUCGCCUGGAGAGCGGGAUUGCGCACGGGGGACUUUCUGAUCGAGGUGAAUGGAGUGAACGUGGUGAAGGUGGGGCACAAGCAGGUGGUGGCGCUGAUCCGGCAGGGUGGGAAUCACCUCCUGAUGAAAGUCGUGUCCGUCAGCCGCAAGCCCGACUCCGAGGAGGGAUCCCGCAAAAAGGCUCCGCCGCCGCCCAAGAGAGCGCCCAGCACCACGCUCACGCUGCGCUCCAAAUCCAUGACGGCCGAGCUGGAGGAGCUGGCCUCCAUGCGGAGAAGGAAAGGGGAGAAGCUGGAUGAGAUCCUGGCGGCCGCCGAGCCGGCGCUGAGGGCGGAGCUGGUGGAGGCCGAUUCCAGGGCGGCCACGGUGAAACAGCGCCCGACCAGCCGCAGGAUCACCCCUGCGGAGAUCAGCUCCCUGUUUGAGCGCCAGGGAAUGGCGCAUCCCGGGGUCCUGGCAGGAACGGAGAAGCCCCACGUGUCCCUCCGGAAGGGAAUUCCACGGACCAAGUCAGUAGGAGAAGACGAGAAACUGGCCGCGUCCUUGCUGGACGGGAAAUUCCCGCGGAGCACCUCCAUGACGGACACGGUCCGGGAAGGCCACGGGAUCCCCCCUCCCCCGCAGACCGCCCCUACCGCCCCUCCCCCGCCCCCCUCCCCCUAUUACUUCGACACCGGCCCCCCUCCGUCCUUCUCGCCGCCGCCGCCGCCGGGCCGCGCCUACGACACCAUCAGGUCCAGCUUUAAGCCGGGCUUAGAAGCCAAACUGCACGGGCUGCCGCAGGUGCUGAGCGCGGCCGAGAUGUACGACCAGGCCAGGGGCUCCAUGCCCUACCCCGAGCGGCAGAAGAGGGCCCGCUCCAUGAUAAUCCUCCAGGAUUCCUCCCACCUCCCCGUGGAACCCACCGAGAUCCCGCGGCCCGGCCCGGCGGUGACGCCUCCGGAGAAGCUCAAGAGGAAGGGCCGGGUCAUCGACAACCCCUACGCCAACAUGGGCCAGUUCAACGUGAGCCUCUUCGCCCCCACCAAGCCGCAGAGGAAGAAGAGUCCCCUGGUCAAGCAGCUCCAGGUGGAGGACGCCCAGGAACGGGCGGCCUUGGCCAUCACCGGCGGCUACUCCUCCCGGGAGCCGUCCCCCACGCGUCGGAGCCACCGCCUGGACUACCAGCACCACCCCGGCAUCGCUCAGGUGGAAGCCGCCGGCCUCCCCUUCGCCACCGCCAUCGCCGCCGGCGUCAUGAAGGACCGGGACCGGCGGCUGGACGAGAGGAGGAAAUCCACGGUGUUCCUGUCGGUGGGAGCCAUCGAGGGGCCGGCGCCGGGCGGCAGCGAGAUGCCGUCGCUGCAGCAGUCGCGCUCCAUCGACGAGCGGCUCCUGGGCAGCCGGGAUGUCCUCCUGCCGUCCCCCGUGUCAGCUUUAAAGCCAUUAAUCAGCAGCUCCUCCUCGACCUUCAUCCACCCCCUGACGGGAAAGCCCCUGGAUCCCAACUCGCCCCUGGCGCUGGCGCUGGCCGCAAGGGAACGGGCGCUGUCCACUCAAGUCCCAUCCCGGUCGCCCACCCCGAUCCACAGCCCCGACUCGGACAGAGCCGCGCCCCUGUUUGUGGACAUCCAAACCAAAGAACCGGACAGGGGGGACUUGGAGAGCUUGGUGUCCCCCGCCUACUCCCCCGGAGGGAAGGCGGUGAUGGCGGCCGACGCCGGCGCUCUGACCCCCACCAAGAGCCCCUGGGGGACUCCGACCACCCUGCGGAAGGAGCCCGAGGUGCGAGCGGAGACGCCGGGCAAGGAGGAGAAGAAACCCGAGGACAAGAAGUCCAUGAUCAUCAGCAUCGUGGACACGUCGCAGCAGAAGACCGCCGGCCUCAUCAUGGUCCACGCCACCAGUAAUGGUCAAGACGAGAUAGGCCUGGAGAUCAAAGAGGAGAGCCCGGCCGUGCCCGAGGUCUGCGCCGAGCCGGCCGAGUCCCCCAAGGCCGAGCCCCAGCCCAGCCCCGUGGGGAAGCCGCCGGCCAGCCCGGCCUCGGAGAAGGCGCUGGGCCAGGGCAGCUCGGAGGAGGAGGUGGAGCCCUACACGGUGACCCUCCCGCCGGCCCAGCUGUCCUCCAGCGACGAGGAGACCCGCGAGGAGCUGGCCAAGAUCGGGCUGGUGCCGCCCCCGGACGAAUUCGCCAACGGGGUGCUGGUGACCACCCCCGGCACCCCCGUGAGCCACCUGGCCGCGCCCGGCGCGCCGUCCCUGCCCGCGGCAGCAGUAGCACCUUCUCCCCCCGGCGCGACACCCUCAGGGAAGCCCUCGGACGCCCCCGCGGCCCCGGAGUCGGCGGCGGACUCGGGAGUGGAAGAGGUGGACACCAGGAGCUCCAGCGACCACCACCUGGAGACCACGAGCACCAUCUCCACGGUCUCCAGCAUGUCCACGCUGUCCUCGGAGAGCGGCGAGCCCACCGACACCUACACGUCCUUCGCCGACGGCCAAACUUUUCUACUCGAGAAGCCACCAGUGCCUCCAAAGCCCAAACUCAAGUCCCAGCUCAGCAAGGGGCCGGUUACUUUCAGGGACCCACUUUUGAAGCAGUCUUCGGACAGCGAGCUCAUCUCCCAGCACCACGCGGCCACGCUGGCGGCCACCAGCGCGGCCCGGCCACGCUACCUCUUUCAGAGAAGGUCCAAGCUAUGGGGGGACCCCAUGGAGAGCAGGCCCGGCCACGGGGCCGAAGAGGACAAACCAACUGUGAUCAGCGAGCUGAGCUCCCGCCUCCAGCAGCUCAACAAGGACACGCGCUCCUUGGGCGAGGAACCGGCCGGCUCCGCCCUGGAUCCCGGCAAGAAGUCGCCGGUGGUGGCCGCACGACUUUUCAGUAGUUUAGGAGAGCUCAGCACCAUUUCCCAGCGCAGCUCCGGCACCACCUUCACCGUGCGGCCCGGCAGCCGCUACCCCGUCACCCGCCGCACGCCCAGCCCCGUCAAACCCGCGGCGCUGGAGCGGCCCGAGCCCCUCAGCACCGUCCGGCCCUACGGCCUGACGCCCCCCACCAUCCUCAAAUCCUCCAGCCUCUCCAUCCCCCACGAGCCCAAGGAAGUUCGCUUCGUGGUCCGCAGCGUCAGCGCCCGCAGCCGCUCCCCGUCGCCGUCGCCGUCGCCGUCGCCGGGGCUGCACACGCUGCACCCGCCGCGGCCCUUCAUGCAGAAGCCGCUGCACCUGUGGAACAAGUACGACGUGGGGGACUGGCUGGAGAGCAUCAACCUGGUGGAGCACCGGGACAAGUUCGAGGACCACGAGAUCGAGGGCACGCACCUGCCCGCCCUGACCAAGGAGGACUUCGUGGAGUUGGGGGUGACCCGCGUGGGGCACCGCAUGAACAUCGAGCGGGCGCUCAAGCAGCUGGUGGACAGCUGACCGCGUCCCGAGCCGCCGUGGGAAGGGCGGGGCGGCAUUCCCAAGCCAAGAAAACCCACUCGGAUUCUCCUGCUCCUUCUCCGAGCGCUGCACUGAGGGUGCGGGGCCGCCCCCCGGCUCCCGCCCCGGCCCCGCGCCGCCCCCGGCCCAGGAAUGUUGCAUGAAAUUCCUCCUCGUUCCCGUUCUCCCGGAGAGUCUGGCCUGGACAGCGCUCCGCCCCGGCGGUGGCACCGGGGACACCCGGGGGUGGCACCUCGGGGGGCGACACGGCCUGGAGCCCCCCGAGCCGCCGGGUGGCACCCCCCGGGUGGCCCCGCCAGGCUCAGAGGUGGCCCAAGACGCUGAGAAGUCCCAGGUGACCCUGCCGGAGGUGGCCCCAGGUCCUGACACCCGCCAGGUGUCCCCGGCAGGGUCAGAGGUGGCCCCGGGUCCUGACACCCCCCAGGUGACCCUGCCGGGAGGUGGCCCCAGGUCCUGACACCCCCCAGGUGUCCCCGGCAGGGUCACAGUUGUCCCUGCCAGGCUUGGAGGUGGCCCAAGGUCCUGAACCCCCCCAGGUGUCCCUGCCAGGGGGUGGCACCAGGUCCUGGACCCCUCCGAGUGUCCCUGGCAGGGUCAGAAUUGUCCCUGCCGGGGGUGGCCCCGGCUCCCCCCCAGGUGUCCCCCAGGUGUCCCCCAGGUGUCCCCGUCGGGCUCGGAGGCGGCGGCUCCCGGAGAAAGGAAGGAAGGAAAGGAGGAAGGAAAGGAGGAAGGAAAGGAGAGAGGAAGCAAGGAAGGAAGGAAGGAAGGGCCGGGAAGGCUCCAGCGGCGGCCGUGCUACCCCGAGCCGUGCCAGGCCGUGCCAGAAGAGCCCCCCCGCCAGGCGGACCCCCCCGGACUCUGAGCUGCUGCCCCGGCCGGGUGAGAGGGAGCGAGGAGCGCAUGGAUCGAAGCAUGUUUGGGAAUGUCGGGAGGCUGGGGGGGGGGGGAG